CAAUCGCCGACAAGUGGGGUGCUGCCGUUCGGUGUUGUUCCCGCUGCCGAGCCUUCUGCGGUGGGGCCCCACGCCCGGUGUCUUCAGGCUGCCCGCCCCAGUUCCCACGGCGACGGCGGGAGUCACAACAGCGGCCGAAGGGAGGAUCACGCCGGCAUGUUGCUCGAAAAACGAAGCGCUGGCGGCACCCGCGGGCAGGUCAUCGCGGCAAAGGCAAGCACGGCCGUCGUGACGGCGGCGUUGGCAUGGACCAGCCACGAACAGAGGCCAACCGCUACUACUACUGCCGUUGUUGGACGCAAUCAGGCCGAAGCGGGCGGCAUGGGGGCGGGGAGCACGAAAGGUACAUAGUGGGAUUCAGCGAUCGACCAAUGGCGAUGACGUGGGCUGUGUCGAAUCAACGGGGAGCAUGAGAUCAUGAAAACAGCGAGGGAUGGGGGGUCUUGGAGUUGUGCACCACAGUAUUUCUUGUGUUGUUUUCGUAUGAUGUUCGGCGAAAAGAUCGAUGAUCAUGUAGUCGAUCUUAGACGGGGGACAUUUUGUCUCAUACAAAUAGAGAUGCACGUUUACGCCGGACGAGAAUUUUUGUUGCAUUAAUCUCCCUUUCUAUGCAUACAUUCCGGUCGACGUUUCGUCCCUGGUCGUGGUGCACUGGGGUCCGGUGGCACAUGUCCCACCCCGUUAGUCUAG